AUGGAUGCAACAGAUGGUAUUGGAGAAAUAUGGGAAAUAAAAAAUGAUGAUAUUUCUCAGGAUUCACAAAAUGGUGAAAAAUCUAAAAUGUAUAAUAUCCCUGCUGAUACUGAGUUAUAUUCAGCAUGA